UGCCGCAGGGCAGCGGAAGUUUGAGCGCGGCGGCGGCGGCGGCGGCGGGUGUCACCUCGCCCCCGGCGUCGACGGCCAGGAACCGCCUCCAUCCCAUCCCACCCCGGCCCGGCCCGGCGGCAGCAUGGACCUGGAGAGCAAAGUGAAAAAGAUGGGCUUAGGCCAUGAGCAAGGAUUUGGUGCCCCCUGCUUAAAAUGCAAGGAUAAGUGUGAAGGAUUUGAGCUUCAUUUCUGGAGAAAAAUAUGCCGCAACUGCAAAUGUGGCCAGGAAGAGCAUGAUGUCCUCACAAGCAAUGAGGAAGAUCGGAAGGUGGGGAAACUCUUUGAAGAUACAAAAUACACAACCCUUAUUGCAAAGUUGAAGAAUGAUGGCAUUCCCAUGUAUAAACGCAAUGUAAUGAUACUGACGAAUCCAGUGCCAGCCAAGAAGAACAUAUCCAUCAAUACUGUGACAUAUGAGUGGGCUCCUCCUGUUCAGAAUCAGACACUUGCUAGACAGUAUAUGCAGAUGCUACCAAAGGAGAAGCAGCCUGUUGCUGGCUCGGAAGGCGCACAGUACAGGAAGAAGCAGUUGGCUAAGCAGCUGCCUGCUCAUGAUCAGGAUCCUUCAAAAUGCCACGAGCUCUCCCCCAAUGAAGUUAAGCAGAUGGAACAAUUUGUGAAGAAGUACAAAAACGAGGCGCUUGGUGUAGGAGAUGUCAAGCUCCCUGGUGAGGUGGAAAUGAGAGCUACUGAGAAGAAUAGUUUGAACAAUGGUGACAGAGGCACUUCAGCUGCUGUAGGAGCGAUGGAGGACAAGUCACCAGAUCGAAAGGCAUCUCAGUAUUCUUGCUACCGCUGCAAACUGAACAUGAAAGAAGGUGACCCAGCUGUCUAUGCAGAACGUGCUGGGUAUGACAAAUUGUGGCAUCCAGCUUGUUUUGUCUGUUGCACCUGCAGUGAACUUCUAGUAGACAUGAUCUAUUUCUGGAAGAAUGGUAACCUGUACUGUGGAAGACACUAUUGUGAUAGUGAAAAACCCCGCUGUGCUGGAUGUGAUGAGCUAAUAUUCAGCAAUGAAUAUACUCAAGCAGAAGGUCAAAGCUGGCACCUGAAACACUUCUGCUGUUUUGACUGUGAUUGUGUGUUGGCUGGAGAAAUCUAUGUAAUGGUGAAUGACAAGCCAGUCUGCAAACCCUGCUAUGUGAAGAACCAUGCUGCGAUCUGCCAAGGCUGUCAUAAUGCUAUAGACCCAGAAGUUCAGCGUGUGACAUACAAUAGCUUCAACUGGCAUGCUACGCAGGAAUGCUUCCUCUGUUCCUGUUGCAGCAAGUGUCUGAUUGGUCAGAAGUUCAUGCCGGUGGAAGGGAUGGUCUUUUGCUCAGUGGAAUGUAAGAAAAAAAUGAUGUCUUAAGAGAAGACAUGCACAGAACCAAGCAUUGCUGCGUUCCAAAGGCUCUUGCAUUUCUACUGUAAAAUAAAUAGUAUCAGGGCAUUUAAAGUUAUUGAAAGUACUAAAUGGCAUUUUUCCAAAUUUUUUUUUUUUUAAUGACUAAAACUUGCUAUGUAAUCUUCAUUCUUAGCCCUAAUAAUACUGUCUUUUUUGGGAUAUUGUUCCUGAGUCUUAUGUUAAAUGACUUUGUAUCCAGAAAUGCAAGAAAAAAUGUGUUAUGAACUAUAUACACUUUAAGGGAUCUCUUCAUCAUGAAGGAUCUUUUUGAUGUAUCUUGUCUAAUAGAAGAAGAAAAUGUGAAAAUGCUCUAAUUCUUCUUGUUUUGUAUGAUAAAUGUAACUCUUCCACUUUUGGUUUUACUAAUUUAUCGGUUUUAUAGUUUCCCUGCUUUCAUCAAGCACUUUAGACAAAAUGAUCAGCUUUACUGCCACAUACACUUUUGUUCACUAGACCUAGAGUAUUCAGGGAGAAUGAAGCCU